CAGCAGCUUUUCCACUGCCAACUGUGUUUUUUCUCUCAGCUGAAGUCCCUGCACACACUCCGAGGGGCUGCCCACAAAGUUCAGGCUGCCUGCGACUUGUAACACGUUAGAGGACUGAUCGCAGACUGCACAUUGGAUUUGGUAUUGGAGGAAAUAUGUUUGUUUCAGCUGCAGUCGUCAUCACGUUAAUGUGUUCCUGCUCACUCCAUCCCAUUUUUGGACAGGACUGCCCAAGCAGGCAGGACAUACAGGGCUCUCUGAAGCAGGUCCAGAAGCUUCUCUCAGCCCAUGAAGCCUCCUACAUGCAGAGUCUACGCAACCUGAAGAAGAAGAUAAACUUAUUGCAGAGCAAUGCAGGGAAGCAGACAGCGAAGGCCACCAACAGCACCUGCGCAAAGUUGGACGCACCCAUCAAUGGAAGGAAACUCGGCAGGUCACACAGUGUGAGCCACGAGGUUCACUUCCUGUGCGACCCGGGCUAUGAACUGGUGGGAUCAGAGAGCAGGGUUUGUCAGGAGAGCCUGACCUGGAGUGGCCAGCAGCCGACCUGCCGAGACAUCAAUGAGUGCGCGCCCUCUCCGUGCCUGAAUGGCGGGACGUGCGUGGACGAGGUGAACCAGUUCUCUUGUGUCUGUUCCAAAGGCUGGGCUGGAGCGACCUGUCAGAGCCCUGUGCCAACAUUCUUCGUUACCAUGACAAACACCUCCGUAGCCACCGCUGCUGCAGCAGCUACCUUGCCAGCUGCCACCGCUGGGCCCUUUGUUCGUCCAUCACGUUGCUCUUUGGUGCAGGGGACAACCCACUGCACCUGUGAGCCAGGAUACACCAUCUCUGGCAGGGACAGCAACACCUGCACUGAUAUAGAUGAAUGUGAGCUAUUCCAUAAUGGCCAAGCUGGGAAACUGUGUUUACAUGCCUGUAUCAACACCCCUGGAGGCUACCGCUGCUCCUGUCCGGUUGGAUAUAAUGCGACCCGCGACGGACGCAGCUGUAAAGACAUCGACGAGUGUGCCACCAGACAAAACAACUGCACAAAGGACCAGAUGUGCAUCAACACAUAUGGGGGUUUCCAGUGUGUCCACGUGGACUGCCCCAAAAUUCCUAAUGCUACAUAUGUCAAGACGUCGCCCAUGCGCUGUGAACGUAACCCCUGUCCUGCGGACAACAAGGCAUGUUCUCAGACCCCAAAUUCCUUCUCCUACCAUUACAUGGCUGUCGUGUCCAACCUGUCAGCUCCUCGAGUCAUGUUCAGGGUCUCAGCAUUGCGUCCAAUGGGCGAUACGCUUCGCUUCUCCCUGCUGGGGGGGAGGUUAGCUCGGCGCCACUUCACAGUCCAGCGUUCAGACCGUCUGACAGGUCAACUGAUGCUGGUGAGCCCCAUUCAGGGGCCGGCCACUUUGGAGGCAGAAGUGGAGAUGAGCGAGCUGGAGAGACGUGUCCAGCUGGGAAGGUACAUCACCAAAAUCACCGUAUUUGUUUCCCAGUAUGAGUUCUAGAAAGAAAAGGAUGAAGGUGGAAACACUGUUAGAUCACUUUGGGAAAACAAAGGUCUGGUUUGGACAUUUGGUCAUGGAUGUGUGAUACUCUGAUCUAUUGUGGUGACCAUCUUCAAAGUCACCUGUACUGUUGCUGAAGGAGAUGCUGCAGCUUGGUGUCAAAACUGUAGUAAAGUAAGCAUGGAGUGGUGACCUGGUGUGUCUUCCAAUCAUGUAUGUGAUAAAUGUUUCUGAGUUUUUGAUCUUUAGAAGCAUUGGUAUCAAGCUCAAGAAAGAGGAGCAAAUGACUGAUGAAUGUUUUAGGGACUUCAGUAUAAGAACAUGAGUUUUGUCAGGAAUAAGCAAAACAUAAUUAUUUCACAAAGAUAUAAAUCAGUGUAUAGGAGAUAAAAAAGGGGAAUGACUUAAUAUGGACAAUAAACCAGCCCUCAACUGAAGGGAAACUGAAUCAGAACAUAUGUAGACAUUCCACCCUGAAAGAAAUUCUCUAGCUAUCUUUACAUACAUGCUUUGUAUAUGGACAUGUAAUCACGAUGUGUGAUAAUUUUGUAAUCCUUUGUACUAUCAUGUUUUAUUCUGUAAAGUGAAAUCUCCGAUGCAAUCAUUAAAUCACCAUGUAAACCAUA